AUGGCAGACGAAUCUGUAAAUAAAGUCAAAAAAGAGAGAAAAAAGAAUUUUUCUGCAAGGGAAGUUGAAAUUUUGGUGGAAGAGGUGGAGAAAAACCGUUCGAUUUUGUUUGCCUCCCACAAAGAUGUUAACACCAACCAACGGAAAAACAAAUGUUGGAAAGAUAUUUGCUCGUUAAUCAACAGUGUAGGAUGUCAGGAAAGGUCGCCUGCUGAGGUCUGCAAAAAAUGGAGGGACAUAUCGUCCCAGACGAAGAAAAAAGAGGCGGAGUUCCGUCGAGAGAGGACCAAGACGGGAGGCGGUCCAGCCCCCUCACCAGUCAACACCAGCGAUAUCAGCCAAAAGGUCGUGGCUAUAAUAGGAAAGACUUCCGUUGAAGGUAUUACGGGUGGGGUAGAUACAGACAUUGAUAUCUCAGAGGUGGAUUUAUUCAAAGUUGAGGACGUUUGGCUCUCCACACCCACCUCCUCAAUAAAUUCGGAAAAGGCCGCGGUUCCCACCCCCACAUUAUCACAGUCUCCGGGACCAUCCAUGUCUUCUCAGGAGAAGGAAGAAACACAGACUGCAGGGUUGGAAGCAGAAGAUGUUGUUAAGGCACCAGGGAAAAAUAAGCUUAAGAGGAAGAGAACUCUGGACGAUGUCUAUGAGCUGCAGUGCAAAGUUCUUGAACAGGAACUUCAAAAAAACAAAUUGCAAAUUGAGCUGCUGACAAAAUUAAAUGGACGAGUUUGAAACGGAAAG